AUGUCUUGUUUCUUAACUUGCGUCCGUUUCGACGACUCAAUCACGACGACCACCACCACCGACAACAAACAACCCACGAUUACAGGAUCUGUCUCUGUCUCCGGUGUGACCUGUUACACCUGGGACGAUGUCGAAUCUCUCACUUCCAAUUUCUCUAGACUCAUCGGCUCCGGCGGCUACAGCAGCAUCUACUUAGCUCGUUUGUCCGGCUCAACCAAAGCCGCUCUCAAAGUUCAUGCCGGUAGCCACCGUCUCUACCAAGUCUUUAGAUCCGAGCUCGAAAUCUUGCUCCGUCUUCAACAUCCUCACAUUGUUAAACUCCUCGGUUACUUCGACGAUUCAGAAGAAAGUGGUGCGCUUUUACUAGAAUACCUUCCUCAAGGGAACCUCCAAGAGAAGCUAAACCGCAACAGCAAACAAGUGUUACCAUGGAGAAACCGAACCGCGAUUGCGUUUCAGGUUGCGCAAGCCAUCGAACACAUUCACGAGAAAUGCAUCCCUCAGAUUGUGCACGGAGACAUCAAAUCCUCAAACAUACUCCUUGACAAGCAUUUCAACAGCAAGCUCUGCGAUUUCGGAUCAGCCAAAGUCGGUUUUUCGUCAAUGGUUCAGCCUUGUACAACGACGUCAACGUCUUCGCCUCGGUCCAAGCAAGUGACGAUGAUUGGCUCUCCAGGGUACACUGAUCCUCACUACUUGAGAACAGGGAUUGCUUCCAAGAAGAUGGACAUGUAUGGGUUUGGAGUUGUGCUUCUUGAGUUGGUUUCGGGUAAAGAAGCUGUUAGUGCUGAGAGAGGUGAGAUGCUUGUGCAUGCAGCAGCUCCGUUGCUUGAUUCGAGUGCAGAGAUUGGAGAAGAGAAAGUGAGACAGUUCUUGGAUCCGAGGUUGUUUAAGGACAGUAGUCUUGAUUUGGAAGAGGUUAAGACAAUGCUCUGUGUGGCUGCUUUCUGUCUUCGCAGCGCGCCUUCUCUCAGACCAUCAGCUUCUCAAGUAGUCCAAACUCUUGUCAAGAAGAUCCCGUCUCUGUCUUAUCUCGGUUGUGGUAAAGAAGAGUGA